GAUAUUGCCUGGUAUGAACUUCCAUCACUUUUAAAUAAGAUAUUUAAUUUAAAAUAUUGGAUUUAACCCAGCAAGCUCGAAAAAAAUCCAAAAUGAAUGCAAAGAAUUUCGAUCAAAAUUAUCACCGAUUGCCAGUAAAAAACUGCACCGCAAUCUGGUUAUUUUUUAGCAACCCCAUUCCCAUUCGCAGCGCACCAACCAAAACAAGGAACCUGGGCUCUUUCCCAGCUGUUAACUCGAAAAUCCUGCAGAGAGACGGGUUGCGGAAGGGUGUAAAUGUCUUCCAGGGACCCCUCUCCGAGUCCCCGGGGCACGCCUCGCAAGGUGCUGCUCGGGCCGCCUCCGCCCCCGACCCCGCCGGGCCCGGCGGGUCCGUCGAGUAACAAGCGGCCCCUGCUGCUGUCUCCGCCGUGCAAGCGGCCCCUGAUUUCGGACAGGCCCAACUGGGACGAGCCGCCGGCCAAACGGCCCCCGCUGCUGCCCACGCCUUUCACGUUCCAGCCGCCGCCCCCGCCGAAGCCACCAGCCGCGAACGGCGGCGGCGGCGCCCCUCCGAUCCCGCCGCCGCCUCCGAUGCCCCCGAUGCCGCUGCUGGCGCCCGCGCCGCCGCGGCCCUCGCUGCUGCCGCACCCCCGGCGGGCCCUUUUGCCCUUGCCAGGGGAGAAGAGGCCGCCGCUGCUGCAGACGCCGCACAAUUUCCGCGAGGCCGCCGCACCGCCGGCACCCCCCGCACCUCCGGGGCCGCCGGGGCCGGCAGUGCCCAAGUCGGGGCCGCCCUCCAGACGGGCCUCCGUCCAGGGGGCGCCCCGCCGGCCGCUGCUGCCCACCCCGAGGAUCAAGUGCUGAAUCAAUUUCUAUCAGGUUAAACAAAGAAAGGAUACGGACGAGUAACUCUUGCACACACACUCUUACUAUUUUUUAUCUUUCUCUUCCGCUUGGAUGCAGAAAUUAAAUUUCUAGGUCACGGGUGGCAAGAAUGUAUUAUGUACUGCUGCUUUGUUUCGUUACUAUCAACAGCUCAAUUAACCAGUGACAAAAUUGUCAAUUAAAACCAACCAACCAACCAACGCUGGUACAUAAUUUACGAGGCGCAUAGAUAUGAAUUAGACGUGUGCAAUUUGCAUAGCAAUUAAUGUCCCUUGUUCGUGUCUCCUCUGACUUGAAAUGUAUAUUUUACGCAGAUUUUUAUAUAGUACAAUGAUAUAGUCCUCUUUAUCGUGUUUUUUUUCUUUUUAAUUUUUUACUUUGGAGUUUUUGUACAGAAACUUAAAAGUUACCCGGAACUUGCGAGAAUUAGCAGAAAUGUUUCUCAUUUUGUAUGAACACAUCUAUUUUGAGGCGCACUUUACUUCUUUUUAAAUAAAAGUAACGCUGGAAUAUCAGUUUUGACAGUGCAAAUUGGUUCCUGAGGUUUGAAUCAGGUCAGGCAUCCGAAUAACUCACCUGAGAAUACGUCACGACGUUCUGAAAUACGGCAAAAACCGUUACUUUGUGAGAAUUCUGAAAAAGAGCUCUCCAAAGAGAGACAAGCAUUCUAAAAACGUCACCUGUUGAUUUAAAAUCGCAGAAUUUAAUUUCAAGUUGAUUUUAAUUGCGAAUAGAACCAUGCAAAUCGGGGAAUUCUUUGCUCAAAAAAUCCUCGACGCUGAUUGGCUGCACGCAGUGCGCAUGUCAACAACUCCCGCGGUUGCCUAGCAACGGCAUACACAAUGAAUAUUGCGCAGGAGAUACUGACAUGCGCAUUGUCAGCCAAUCAGCGUGGAGGAUUUUUCGGGCAAAGAAUUCUUGCUGCUUUUCUCCGAUUUUCAAUGCGUUUCUGCUCUUACAAAUCGAUAGAAACCUCCAUUUUCGGCGCGUCGUGUCGAAUUUGGCUGUCAAGCCUAAUUCUACGCUCAGGAAUCGGUUGGUACAGUGAAAAAUGAAAUUCGAAUUACUACUUGAACGAUCGCAGCACCUGUGUAGUAAAUGUCGUACCGCCUAAAUGCUACUGAAUGUUAAAUAAACGAUACUGUAAACUGACACAAAUACACCACAAACAAGUCAAUUCUCGAGAAAUACGUGUUAAAACAAGAAAUUCAAUGUGGCGUCCACUUGUGAUACUCGCACCAUAAUACAUAUAUUGUAAAACUUGAAACUGAAAGAAAUUAUAUAUCUCAAGGCCUAAACUGUAAGGACGGCAAUUUUUUCUCUCCUUCUUACCAAUAAAAAGCGUGAAUAUUUCAACAAA